UGUACGGCACUACAGUUCUGCCGACAAAAUGAUUGACAAUGUGCGUCGUGUGCGUUGAGUCCGUCAAAAAUCCGCGACAGACUUUUUGCGCGCCAUACAGACUUUUUGUGCGCCGCAGACUCGAUCGCACAAAAAGUGUGUCGUCUGCGUUGGGCCUUAGGGCCAGGCCACAACUGUGCGUUGCGGCGUCGCAUCGCAAAAAUCAACGACGCCGCACAACGCAUCGUGGAAAUUUCCGAUGCGCUGCGCAACGUACAAAUCUGCGAUGCGACAACGCGUUGCCGUUUAGUCGGUGUCCAUACUUUGAACGACCUGCACGUGUUUUUUAAGCGAUAUGGCGGAGUACGAUGUCGACCACCUGAUAUCUUUAAUUUACGAACGUCCCGUCCUUUGGGACAAAACUAUAUCACAAUUCAAAGACAAAAAUUUAAAAACAGAAGCAUGGAGGGAAGUGUGUACAAGUUUAUAUUCAAAUUUUGAGGAGUUAAAUACUGUUGAAAAAUCAAAAAUCGGUAACGAUGUCAUAAAAAAAUGGAGAGGAAUCAAGGAUAAUUUUACAAAAUACGAAAAAAAAUUAAACGAGCAAUGUAAAUCCGGAGCUGGGGCCAAAAAAAUUAAACAAUAUCAUCUAUACGACCAGCUCCUAUUUCUGAAAAAGAAUUUUCAAAAUAAAACAACAUCAAGUCUUGACGAUGAAGAAAUAAGACCAAGCACCUCAACCCAACAAAGCCAGCAACCUGUCAUGCCACGUUACCAGCCUGCAUCGCGUAAAAGAAAAAUUGACGAAGACGAAUUUGAGAAGAAUAUUAUAGCUGCUUUAAAAACACCUGAAAGUAGACAUUUAUCUUUUUUUAAAGGAAUUUUGCCAUCAUUGGAAAAAUUGAAUGAUAAUCAAACAAUAAUUUUCCAAAGUCGUGUCCUACAGAUAUUAACUGAUUUACACCAACCAUCAUACUAUCCCAGCCACUAUCAAACUUCACAAACAUCCGUCCAAGCAAACUAUCAAACAUCUCAAACAACUGUUCAGACUGGCUAUCAAACAGCUCAAAUGUCUAUGCAGAGUGGCUACCAAACAUCCAUUCAACGCAGUGCCUUCCAAAGCGGAUGCGAAACAUCACCGGCACCUAUGCAAUCGUCUCCACAAACGCCAAGGAAUGAUGAUGUAAAUGAGCCAGAACAAAUUAAUUUCGAUGAGGAACUAACAAAUUUGACGAAUGACACACAAUCGGAAUACGAGUUUUGAAUAACACUAAAUUGUGAAAAUGAUUAAACAGUAUGAUUAUAGUAUAAA